GUUUCAUUUAACGGUAAGAGGAUUUUUUUGUGAAGUAAUCCUAAUUUGACCAAACAUGCGCCAUAAAUCUGCGCAGUCAAGCUCUUGAAUCUUGCCGUCACCUGCAUUGAAAAGGUAACUGAGGGGAAAGAAGUAUCGACAAUGUUUAGCUUUCAUAAACCGAAGGUAUACAGGUCUUCCACGGGCUGUUGCAUUUGCAGAGCAAAAUCUAGCAGUUCACGGUUUACAGAUAGCAAAAAAUAUGAAGAUGAUUUUAUGGACUGUUUCCAACUCCAUGAGCGUCGCUCAGGAGAGAUAUGUAAUGCAUGUGUGUUAUUGGUUAAGAGAUGGAAGAAAUUACCACCUGGCAGUGAACGGAACUGGAGACAUGUUGUAGAUGCCAGAGCUGGACCCGGUACAAAAUCGCUUACAAAAUUCAAAUCAAAAAAUAAAAAGAAACUGAAACAAAAAGGAGAUACAUCUCAAAAAUUGGAAAAACUCAUCAAGAAGAAGCACAUCUACUUAAAGAAUGAUCGUUCAGCUCGUGAACAAAGUCCAGGAAGUUUGAGUGAUGAUGCCACAGGUGACGAUUUCAUAACAGAUCUCAGCACACUCAGUAGAGCUCAAAGUCUGGCACCAAGCCCAACUCCAAGCGAAGAGAUUGUGACAACUACUAAGCAUCGCAGCAAGGCUCAUUCUCCCCACCGACGUGAGAAGGCUGCCAAACGUCGAUCGGCACUUUCACCAACUAUCAGUAGUUUCCUUGACAUGACAUUUUGGAAAAGGGAGAAAGUAUGCUGUGGCACAAUUUUCAAAGGGCCUUAUGGUGAAGUCAUCGUUGAUCCUCGAUUUCUGAAGCCGUGCCAUGGCUGCAAACCAAAGCAGCGUGCAGAAGUACAAUCAGUAGCAGGAAAAGAACCUGGGUCUUCUGGUGCCCCAGAAUGCAGUAAGAACACUGGUGGUCCCAAUAAGCUCACCAAAUCCUACAGUGAUUCGUCAUCAGAUUCAGGGUAUGAUGAGUCAUCAAACCAGGGACCUGAAGCAGUGCGGUCCCGUAGAACUGCUUCCCGUGAAGAUGCUGGAGUUCCAAGCAAUCCUCUGGCGGAGUUUGCCAUUCACGCUGCAAGCCGCUGUCAACAGAAUGUGGCAAGCUCAGCUAAUUAACGAAAAUUUUGUUUAUAGUUUAAACUUAAUUUAUUGAAAUAUUGAUGUUGUAUGUACUUGUCUAAGAGUGAAACUGUCGUUCCACAUGCCAUUUUGCAUUGGGUCCAAAAUGAAAACCACAAUCUCAAACUUCCACAUGAGAAAGUUAGGUAUAAUUUCUGUGACUUGAAUACAAACGGCCACAUUAUUUUAAGCUACUAAGAGCAAUAACAGCCUUGACCGAUUACCUGUCCAUAAAUUCACAGCAUAUCAUUAAUUACCCUCUGUGUAAGAGGAAAUAAAAUGUGUCUUCAUAAGAAUACUGCCAUCAUCUACUCUCUGUACUUUGGUAAAAUUUUACAGGAAGAAAAUUGACUUUUUAUAACCAGUUCCUAAAUGGAAAAAAUUAAAAUGUUGAUACCAUGACAAUGUUAUAUAACAAAUAUUUGAUCUUUAGCUUUGCAUCAUUGUCCUCGAAGAGGAAAGUGAAACUUUCGGUGUAAAUUUGCUGUUCAGUAUAUCGGCGAGGAAAAGUUUAUUUGCAGUGUAAUUUUUAUGAGUGAAAUGGCAUUUGACAGAUGAAGCAGAAUUUUAUAUGAGAAAAUUGUAUUUAAACUUGACAUUUUAUGCAUUUAAAUUUUAUAGGUGUGCAGUGUCCCUUUUAAUGUAGCUUCUGUUGUUUAAAACUGGUUUUAGUUAACUACACUAUGGCAGCAGAAAGUUUCCUUUCUAUAAUAGUGUUCAAUACUCAACAAUUUUUUUACUGACAAUCCAACAUCUAGUCUGAAGAGCACUUAUCUUUUUUUUAUAUAAAUGUCAUUUUAUUGUUGUGUAAUAAAAUAUAAUUCCUAUAUGUUCAGAUUUGAGACUGAAGUGUUUCAAUGUUUGGUGUCUGGGAAUGAAAUUUUUGAAUCUCUUAAUCACCGAUUCUUUGAUUUUUUUCUGAAACUGAAUGUUUUUCUCUGUUAUCUGUUGUGUGCGUUUAUGAGUGUGUACACGAGUGCGUGUGACUGUAUGUAACUGGCUCUUUGUUUUCACUCUUUGAUUAUUCAGUUAUUUAUGUUUGACAUUUUUAAUAAUUUAGAGACUGAUGACAAAUGAAGGUUAAUGAACUAGUAAUCAAACUGUUGGUUACUGCUGAACUACUGCCAUAGGUUAUAAAUGUGAGAGUCCUGAGAACUCUUCCAAUAUUUUUUCAUGUUGUGAUCUCAUCUUAUUAAAUAUGGAUAGUAUUCAGAAUCUUAAUUUACUUGUCCCACAUUUUGAGGUGCAAAUAAUUGUGGUGUUUGCACAACAUUAAUACCAGAAUGUGCAAAUAAUUAUAAAAGUGAUUUAUUAAGUAUUAUUAAAAUGUUUGGAACAGGUUGCCUGUGUUCCAGCCAGCAGAGUAUUAGUAGCUAUUGACUAUUAAAUACUUUAGACUUUAUUUUUGUUUUUUCUCCACAUUUUAUGUUCAAUAAAUUGUAUUCAGCAUAUAAUUAUGCUCAUUGUUGAAUGCAGUGCUAUUAUUCUUUAAAAAGUUAUGUAUGCAUAUAUUCUCUGAUCUUUAUAUUUCAGUAAUGACUUAAUGUGUGAAAGUGCAAUUCAAAAUCUAUGGUGCCACAUGCUGUUGAUUUGUGUGUAUUUCUACCAAGAAAUCUGUGCAUUACCUUCACCUGUUUAAGGAAUUAAUCAGGAAUAUCUUACUGUUACAAACAGAAAUACUCAUAAAUCACCAGUUACCUUGCAGGCUGAUGUAGAUUGUUCUAUGAAUAUUUAGUAAAAAGCAAUCUUAUGUUAAAUGAGGUUAAUAUUUUUUGUGUAUUAGUAGUAUGGAUUGUAAUGUGUAAAUAUGUGUUGAAAGAGUAAUGUGUGCAUUUGUUUGUAACCUAUAUUGUGAAACAUUGUUCAAGAUUUUCAAAUUAUAUGAGGUGAGUUUAAAGUUUACACCUCAGCUCAUUUUAAUGAGUAAAUGUAAGAAGAAAAAUAAAAUUCUGAAUGUUGUGAUGGCUAUUAGUGACUUUUUGACAAACCAUAGGUUGAUUUAUGCACACUGAUCUCAGGGUUGCAUGUAAAAUGUGUUAAACAGUUUGUUUUUUACAGUUUGCAAAAAGCAACAGUUUUUGACUAUGCCAAUUUUUGCAUGUAUAUUGGAGAUAGAAGUUGUAAUAAAAUUAGGAAACCAAUUUUUGUGUACAAACUGAACUUUAAUGUGUAGUGUAAAUUGAAUCCCUUGCCAAAUACUGGAUGACUUUAUAUCAUGUAGAUUGCUAACACUAUUCAUUAUAUUAAAUCUUGAAUUGGAUUUAUCAAUAGUUUAAACAAAUUUGUGUGUUGAUAUAAAUAUACUGUUCUGUAUAUUACAAAUGAAAAAGCAUUUAAAAUAGAGCUAAAUUUAAACAAAGUGAGUUAUUGAUUUCAUGUAGUUAUAUUCGUGAUCAGUUCCCAUUGUUUCAUUAAUCACCCACCAGAAAAAUCUUGUUUUGCUGCUAAUGCUUAUAUUUUUUAUCAUACACAUCUCCUGCAUUCACACUGUGAGUGUGUGGUCCGUAACAAAAAUUCUGAUUUAGAAUACAUCAGUGUCAUAACCACUGAAGAAGCUAUGCAUUAUGACCUUUGAAAGUGCUGAAUAUCUCGUAUCUUAAACAGGAAUUAAUGAUCAUUUUGGUAAGUUACUAUAACAUACAACAAAUGUAUUUUGCUCCAUUUUGGCAGCCAGACAAAUGAUUUAGUAUCCCGGAUUCAUUAUUUUUGUGCUGAAUUAAAUUAAAAUUGUCAUGUUCUUGCCACAUAUACAUAAAAAUACUGCAGAUGAUAGUCAUUAAUUACUGCAAUGAUGCAAUUACCUAAUUCAUUAUUGGAUAUGGAGAUUGUGCAAUUAAAAAAUUGCCAGCAACUGCCUUUAAAUUGUGUUUUUAUUCAAUUUUGUUUUUGAGAUUUUUCUCUAGAUAUAUCUGUUGUUUCAUGAAACACACAAUUCACUUUUAAGAAGUUCCACAUGUGUGUGCUAAUAUAUACUGUUGGAUAUAUUUUGAGUGGAUACUGAGUAGUCAUUUUGAUUUUGCAGUGAAAUUAUUAUUUUGUAAAGCCUUAAAUUUUUUAUCAUGAUAAAUAUUGUCAUGUAAAUAGUUAUAUUUCACAGUGUUAGUUGAAGCAUCUGUGAAAGUGAACAAUCAUUAUUUUCAAAUUGGCAGUUUUAAGACUUUUGUUUUCAGUUCUUACUUACAUCUUUCACAUAUAUCUAAUUAGUGUUUUGGUUAAUAGUAGCACCAAAUAAGAGGAUUCUUUUUACACAUCCAGUACAUAUUUUCAGUUUGAACUUAACAGAAAACAUGCUAUCCAACACACUAUAAAAAUGAGUUGCAGUUUGCUACUAUGUUGCAUCUGUAUCUUGAAAACUGUUCUAAUUUUGCAGUAAAAUUUUGCUCAGUGUUUAAAUGUAUAAUCAGUGCAUGACUAGAUAUUUACAAAGCUGCAAAGCUAGUCAAAAAAUUACCUUCUGUCAUCAAUCUACCCCUGCAGUACAAGUUAGCAUUUCUUUUCCACAGUUUCUAUUUCCAGGGCCAACUAAAUGAUAAAAAUUUUUGUUCAACAACACAUUGUUAUUAUAUAACAAAAUCAGUUCAUAAGACAUAAAAUGAACAUUACAAUUUUAUAGGAUUGUGAUGAAUGCUGGAGUUGCUAGUUCUCUUGACAUUCAUAUGUAACCUCUCUUCAGUUAUUGCUUAUCUGAUCUAACUAGUAAAUGGUUGUUCAUAGAAUUAGGGGCUACACACAUUUGUACCUGACCAUCAAGAAAUCUGCAUGUAUAAUACUUUAUCCAGAACCUAUGCACCCAGUCUUGGUAAUUGGAAGUGGGCAAACUUUGUUCUUGGAAACACUUCUCUUGUACACCACAUAAAAAUUGUUUUCUUCAAUUAAUUGGAACUUGAUUGAGGUAUUACCGAUUACAACUACUGGAAUCAGUCCAAAGAACCAGAAAUACGGAAAGUACAGCUUAACACUGCCUUUAAGAUUUGACUGUGUGUUGGAUGCUUUCCAUUUUCCGAGAAAUUGCUGAGGCUGGCUUUCGUACUUCCAGGUUCAAUAUAACCUUACCUUCAUAAACAUCUAAUCAAAUCAUCACGUGUAUUUUAUGACAAUAGCAGCAACAGAACUGCUCGAACUUUAAAACUAGUUUUGAAAUCUUGAGUAAAUUGAUAUUUAUGAGAUUUUUUCCUUCAAGGUUGUUUCAGCCAUUGUCAAUGUAUGCGUAGCACAAAUUUCUAAUGUUCAGCAGGGUAAAAACAAUAAUCUCAAAAAUACCUUUCUGUAAAAAUACAAAAAAUGCAGUGCAUGUUCAGAGUUUAAUGCUUUUGUUAAGCUAUCACAUUACUAAAUUCACUUUUCGGAAAACAACUUUAUAAUGUGAAAAUGCAUGUAUUUUAAUUUUGGUGAUUUUUUACCACUUUAAAAAUUCAGCCAAUUAAUGAUUUUAGACUGCAGGUUAAUGCUGCACUUUAAUUUCUUUGUGUUGCUUGUACAAGGACAUCAGUACAUGGGUACUUUUUUCUAUGUUUAUUUCACUUGGCUCACACACACACACACACACACACACACAAAAUUGGUUCUGUGAAUAACUUUUUAAUUAUUAAUAGAUUCGAUAAACAAGAAACAGCUCUAUUCCGUGUGAGGCCCAACAUUUAUUUCUGGAGUAGGAUGCCGUGGGCUGUUACUGUGGGUAAACCUUCUAAGAAUUUUUGUCAUUAUGGUCUUGUAGAUAGCAUCUCUAUUUCUUCUGUACAUGUUGUACUUCAGUAUUAGAAAUUCAUCAGUACUGUAAAGUCUCCUUAGUUCAGUAAGCAGAUAAAAAUACUGACUAAUUUAAUAAUGUGACUGAUAAAUAUUCAUUUGUAUGGCUGUCAUGUAAGCAACUGUGUUCCAUUGGUAAAUUAAAUGCUGACAUGUUCUUGCUCACUGUUUUGUACCUCACAUUUUAUAAGUAAAUAAUUGGAAUAUAGUGAUUUAAGAAAAAUAUCCGAUCAGUUGCAGAUCAGAAAGAGUGAAAUUCUAAUGUGUUCCAUUGAAGUUACCAAUGGAAUAUUCAUAACAACCUAAGCAAACUUAAUUUUAAAUAAAAAAUAGUAUUCUUCAGUGGGUAUUGAUACUGGAAAACUGAGUUAAAUUGUGAUUGUUUGCUUUAUAUGUAACUUAUAACUUAAUUUGUGAGUGAGGGAAUUACUUGAUAUUCUUCCAUAAUUUCUCAAUACAUGCUCUGCUGAUUCUUUGUUCUUGGCCAUUGUCUGAAGACGGGUUCCCUUCUCUCUCUCUCUCUCUCUCUCUCUCACUCACUCUGACUCUAAUACUGUGCUGUCAUUCAUAAUUUUAACGUAAGUAAAAAUUAAAAGGCUGUUCACUUGCAGUGCGAUCUAAAAUGUUUACAGUUAUGAACUCUUAAUUAUUCACUCAUGUCAUGAACAAGCUGUUAACAUUCAUUUAUGAAGAUGUUUUCUCUUAGAGAUUUAAAAUACUCACAUGCCAUGAUUUAGUCAAAUGUAGUGCUCUUUCCCUUCCUACAUGAUACAGGCACAACCAUAGGUAUUCACAUUUGGUACAAAUUGAAAAGUCUGUUGAUGAAAUAUUUUUCAUCGUUCUUAUUUUUAACAGCAUCAUCCAUACAGCUGGUUUAUAACAGCAGGACUUUGGAGCCAGCAGUUACAUAAUCAAAACAAAAUCAGUAUUAUGUGUGUGUCUGAGAAACUGCCUUUUGUAGUUGCUGUACUUUGGUCUUAGAUUUCAUAUCUUGAAAGUGUCUGUGUAGAGUAAUGUAGUAACUCAGUAUAUUUUUUUCUGUGCUCAUAAUGCUAAAGAUGUUUGUGAUAAUUUAAUGAUUUUCAAGACCAAUAUUGGAAUGAAAUACAUGUAAAAGUGAAAGACUAAAUGGGUAACAGUGUUUUGAAAUUUUGUACAUCUUCUUGUAUAGUUGCCCAUGAUUUUAUGUGAAAGUGUGUACACUGGUGAUUCUGUGAAUGUUUUAUUGUCCAAACACUGUGUAACUGAUGCAAUAUAUUUAUAGUACUUUAAACAA